AUGCAUCUCAUACUCACCGGGGCGACAGGCCUAGUCGGCUCUUCAGUACUCGACGCCAUGCUGAAAAGCACAGCAGUCUCCAAGAUAUCUAUCCUGAGCCGAAGCCCUGUUCGAAUGGCAGAGGAUGAAAAAGAUCCUCGAGUCAAUAUUAUCACCCACAAAGAUUUUGAGACAUACGAGCCAAAGCUGCUCGACCAGUUGAAAGACGCCGAUGGCUGUGUCUGGGCGUUGGGAACUAGCCAAAACAACGUCACCAAAGAGCAAUACGUCAAGAUAACCAAAGACUAUACCCUGGCAGCUGCCAAUGCGUUUUCCACAAUCAAGCCAUCGGGACAUCCUUUCAGAUUCAUUCAUGUAUCUGGUGAGGGAGCCACCCAAGAUCCUGGGCGCUUCUCUGCGAUAUUUGCAAGAGUGAAGGGCGAGACUGAGUCACUGCUCGGCACACUUUCGGAGCAGAAUCCGAACAUUCGAGUCCAUAGUGUGAGACCUGCAUUUGUCGAUCCGGCGACACAUGAUGCAAUCAAGCCUUAUAUCCCGGCCAGCGGAGCCAAUGGAAUUGCCUCACAGCUUUUACUAGGUGUGCUGGGUCCGCCUAUCCGGGCUUUCGUCAAGUCGAUGCAUUCGCCGACAGAAUAUCUGGGGUCGUUUUUGGCGGAUAUGGCGAUGGGGAGAUAUGAAGCGCAGCUGAAGGGGUCGGGAGCAUUUCAACUUGGAGGUGGAUAUGUCAUUGAAAAUGUCGGUAUGCGGAGGAUCUUGGGGAUAUGA